AUGGCCAACACAAAGGGCAAGGGCAAGGCCGAACAGACUCCAGCGGUACGGUACCAGCCCGAGCUGUGGCAGAACACCAUCGACGCGGCGGUCCAGAACGGGCUGGUGGACAUUGCCCUCUUGACGAUCAGCACGCUACUCGACGCGCACUAUCUGCCAUCUCCCCACAACGCCCAGCUCCUCAUCUACCUCGCCGUAACAUCCACACCGUCCACGACCGCGCCGUCACCGCUGCAAAUCCUGCACCACCUGCGUGACUUGCACCCGGCGCGCGACGUCGCAGGCCUGAUACCGCACAUUGUGCCGCGGCGCGAGCGCAUCAAGAGAGGUCACGACGCGCUUCCGCCGUGGUUUUUGUGGAUCUUGAAGGACGCCGGGAGCCCAGUCAAGGGCAGGAUACGCGGCGUGCUCUCCCCGCUCGAGCGGAGCGUCGAGAAGGCCGUUCGCGGAUGCGCCGAGGAGGGCGUGUGGGAGAUGCUUUGGGAGGAGGCGGAGGCGGAGGAGAGCCAGGAGGAGGAGGAGGAUGACGACGAGGAGGAAGAGGAAGAGGAAGAGGAAGAGGAAGAGGAGGAGGAGGAGACGGGCGCGAGGAGGAGACGACUCCGCCCCGGCGCGUGGGACGUGCUCGACUUCCUCGUCGCCCUCUGGACUCAAGAAGCGGACAGCAAGCCGACCCUCUUCCUACAGCAGCUGAAGAAGCCCUACGCGGACAGGCUAGCCGACGACGCGAGUGCGCCGCUUGCCGUAGUCCGCGCGGCGUUCGGGCUCGCCAAGGCCAAGGGCAAGGCCGCGCCACCAGCGCCAACCACCAUGGCCGACACGCUCCGCCAGCGCCGCCUCGCCGCCCAGCUCAUCACCCUGCUGUUCUCCGCUACAGCCUCGCCGUCAGCGUUCCUCCCGUCCGCCCUCCGCUCGGGCCUGCUCCAGCUCAUGCGCCACGCGCCAGCCGACCAGCUUCGCCUCUUCCUCUCUGUGGCGGGCAGCAACGCGCACUGGCGCGAAAUGGCACAUGUGCUCUCGCAUGCUGUCGAGGACGCGGCUGGCGUUCGCAACGCGCCCGAGAGAGAGAGAGUGCGCCGGUUCGCGCCGGGCGAGCUCGGCGCCCCGGACGUCACGUACGCGCUUGAUCUCGCAGUCUUGCCGCCUGCUAGCGCCGAGGGCAAGGCGCGCAUCGCGGUGCUCAAAUCCGCGCUGUUGAUGCUGCUCCUCACGCACGGCGAGGACUCGCCCGCCUGGGCGCUGGUCAAGGACGAGGACUUUGUCGGCACCGCUGCGAAUGGCGACGUGGCGCUCGCUGCUGUCCUCCGUCUGGCCGCGCGCAAGGUCGCCUAA